AUGCCGGAACCGGAGGGAGUUAUGCACAAGCUGUACAUGGACCGGGAGUUGCCGCCGAAGGUUGCGGAGGUGGCGCGCGUGCAGGGUGAAGAUCCGGACCGAACCAGUCUGAUGAUUGAGGAGCUGCGUGAUAUGAUUUACGAAAAAGGUGACUGCCUCCCACACCGCGUGGAUGACGAUUAUCUCAUUAAGUUUCUACGCGCACGUUUCUGGAACGUAUCGAACGCGUACAAUCUGUUGGUCCGCUACUACGCCUUCCGCGAGAGCAGUCCAGAAUUCUACGAGAACGUGAACCCAAUGGCGCUGCGUUCGCUGGGUGAUGACGACAUCAUCAGCAUCUCACCAUAUCGGGACCAGGAAGGCCGGCGAGUGAUAUUCUUCAAGUUUGGCAAAUGGCGUCCAUCGAAAAUCCCCAUCGUAGACCUGUUCCGUGCGACGAUGUUGCUGCUGGAGGUUGGCUCGCUGGAACCACAGUCACAAGUGCUCGGUGGCGUUGGCAUUAUGGAUCUGGAGGGUCUUACGCUGAACCACGCUUGGAAUCUGACGCCAGCGGUCGCGCAAAAGAUGUUGUCACUGCUCGCAACCAGCAUGCCGCUACGCACCAGCCAGAUCCACAUCGUUAACCAGGGCUGGGUGUUCGAUACCGCCUUCCAGAUCUUCAAACCACUGCUGACGGAGAAGAUGCGUCAACGAUUGUUCUUCCACGGAUCCGACCGGGCCUCCCUGCAUAAGUUCAUCGACCCGGAAGCCCUUCCGGUACGGUACGGUGGCACUAAACCGGAGUAUCCGUACACCUACUGGUUGGAGCAUCUCAGCAAGAACGAAAAGGUGGUCGAUGAACUGCAGCAACUGGCCAUGCCGGAAAUCAAAGCGGCAACGAAGAGUGCACCCAACGGGAAGGCCCUUCCGGAUGAUGCUAACAACGCCCUCCCGACGGUGACCCUUUUCGCGGAUCAACCCGAACGUGCGAAGAAGAUCAACGAGCUGCGCAGUAUGAUUCAAAACUACGACGAUUGCCAGCGGCGAUGUGACGAUCUGUUCCUGUGCCGGUUUCUCUACUGCAGCGAUUGGAACGUGGAGGAAUCGUUCGGGCGGAUCGUGAAGCUGAUUAAGCUAAAGGAAGCGAAUCCGGAAUGGUUUUUCCACAAACCGAUCGCCACGUACGGCGAGCUGCUGAACCGGAACAUCAAGUUCGCACUGGAUCGUCGCGAUCGGCGCGGGAGGCGCGUGUUUGUGACGCGACUGGGGGCGAUCGACUUCUCCACGAUGGCCGUGACCGAUCUGGCGAACCUGGACGAUAUCUGGUUCGAGCUAAUGCUGAACGAACUCGACACGCUCGAUACGGGCGUCACCUGCCUGAUCGACAUGAGCGGCUACUCGCUGAAGGGCUUGCGCUUCCUGACGCCGCAGAACAUCCGGGUCGGGUCGGCCAAGGCCGACCUGCUGCCGCUGAAGAACAUCGAGUUCCACGUGGUCAACUCGUCGGUGUUUAUGAAUGCGGCCGUCGCCAUCCUCUACCCGAUGCUGAGCAAGCGCAUCAAGGAGAGUGUCCACUUCCACUACUCCAACUGGGACUCGCUGCACGAGCACAUCCCGGCGGACAUUCUGCCCCAGGAGUACGGUGGCACCGGGGGAAAGACCUUCGACUAUGCGACAAUCAACGCUCAGGUGAUGAAUCGAGCCAAUGAGUUCGAUCGAUUGCUUGUCUACGGAGGACAGAGGGAGAUCGUCAAGUCCAGCGUUCCGGCCUCGAUUGUUCCGAAGGGCAAGGGAUCCAAAACGAAAGGAAAAAGCAAGGAAGGCGACAAAAAGAAAACUUCGAAAGUAUGUGCAGUAGAGGAAUAG